AUGCUCGCCGUUUCCCCUGCUUCGCUCCGUUUCGCGGGCGUGAGCCGCGAUUACGCGGGAGGCGCGGAAGGGAGGGAGAAGCGGUUUAGCGCAAGGCGUGGACGGGAGGUAGCAGGACGGGAGGGGCGAACGGGAGCAAGGAGCAAUCUCGCGCGCGUGGCGGGCUGGAGCGAGCAGCGACGGGGAGGGAGAGGGUGCGAGGGGGACGGAAGGAGCCGCUUCUACCUGCUUCCCCGUCGGCCUCGCUUUCCCCCUCCCGUCGACCCCGCUUUCCCCCUCCCGUCGACCCCGCUUUCCCCUCCCGUCGACCCCGCUUUCCCCCUCCCGUCAACCUCGCUUUCCCCCUCCCGUCGACCUCACUUUCCCCCUCCCGUCGACCCCGCUUUCCCCCUCCCGUCGACCUCGCUUUCCCCCUCCCGUCGACCCCGCUUUCCCCCUCCCGUGGACCUCGCUUUCCCCCUCCCGUCGACUCCGCUUUCCCCCUCCCGUCGACCUCGCUUUCCCCCUCCCGUCGACCCCGCUUUCCCCCUCCCAUCGACCUCGCUUUCCCUCUCCGGUCGACCUCGCUUUCCCCCUCCCGUCCCGCUUUCCCCCUGCUCACUCUCUUUCCCCCCUGUUCACUCUCUUUCCCCCUGCUCACUCUCUUCCCCCCUGCUCACUCUCUUUCCCCCUGCUCACUCUCUUUCCCCCUGCUCACUCUCUUUCCCCCUGCUCACUCUCUUUCCCCCUGCUCACUCUCGUCCCCCCUGCCCACUCUCUUCCCCCCUGUUCACUCUCUUUCCCCCUGCUCACUCACUUUCCCCCUGCUCACUCUCUUUCCCCCUGCUCACUCUCUUUCCCCCUGCUCACUCUCUUCCCCCCUGCUCACUCUCUUUCCCCCUGCUCACUCUCGUUCCCCCUGCUCACUCUCUUCCCCCCUGCUCACUCUCUUUCCCCCUGCUCACUCUCGUUCCCCCUGCUCACUCUCUUCCCCCCUGCUCACUCUCUUUCCCCCUGCUCACUCUCGUUCCCCCUGCUCACUCUCUUCCCCCCUGCUCACUCUCUUUCCCCCUGCUCACUCUCUUUCCCCCUGCUCACUCUCUUUCCCCCUGCUCACUCUCUUUCCCCCUGCUCACUCUCUUUCCCCCUGCUCACUCUCUUCCCCCCUGCUCACUCUCUUCCCCCCUGCUCACUCUCUUUCCCCCUGCUCACUCUCUUCCCCCCUGCUCACUCUCUUUCCCCCUGCUCACUCUCUUUCCCUCUCUGUUUGUCCCUCAUUCUCUCGCUGCUGUAGUGCCGUGGGCCACUGUCGCCAUGCGCCUCCCCGCUCCCUCCUCUUCCCCACUCCGCUCUCGUACUCCCCUCUCCCCUCCCUGCCCUCUCUCCCCAUCCUUCCCUUUCUCCCCUCCCUGUCCUGUCCUGUCCCCACUCCCCUCUCUCCUAUCCCACCUCCCUGCCCUGUCCUGUCCCCCCGCUGCCCUGUCCUAUCCCCCCUCUCCGUCCUGUCCUAUCUCCUCACUCCUCCCUGUCCUAUCUCCUCACUCCCUGUCCUAUCUCCUCACUCCCUGUCCUAUCUCCUCACUCCUGUCCUAUCUCCUCACUCCCUGUCCUAUCUCCUCACUCCCUGUCCUAUCUCCUCACUCCCUGUCCUAUCUCCUCACUCCUCCCUGUCCUAUCUCCUCACUCCGCCCUGUCCUAUCUCCUCACUCCGCCCUGCCCUAUCUCCUCACUCCCUGUCCUAUCUCCUCACUCCCUGUCCUAUCUCCUCACUCCCUGUCCUAUCUCCUCACUCCCUGUCCUAUCUCCUCACUCCCUGUCCUAUCUCCUCACUCCUCCCUGUCCUAUCUCCUCACUCCGCCCUGUCCUAUCUCCUCACUCCGCCCUGCCCUAUCUCCUCACUCCCUGUCCUAUCUCCUCACUCCCUGUCCUAUCUCCUCACUCCCUGUCCUAUCUCCUCACUCCCUGCCCUAUCUCCUCACUCCCUGUCCUAUCUCCUCACUCCCUGUCCUAUCUCCUCACUCCCUGCCCUAUCUCCUCACUCCCUGUCCUAUCUCCUCACUCCCUGUCCUAUCUCCUCACUCCCUGUCCUAUCUCCUCACUCCCUGUCCUAUCUCCUCACUCCCUGUCCUAUAUCCUCACUCCCCGUCCCAUCCCCUCACCCCUCACCACUGCAGGCGAGCAUGA